CUUUCUGGAUGAUACAGGAGUUACUUUCUGGACUUAUCUACCCAGAGGCUUCAACAACACUAACCAAACAGCGUCUAUGAAAAGUAAUAAAGAGCACCGAGCGACAACUCUACAGGAAAAGCGUGGUAGGGUUUGCGCAAGCAUGCUACAUUACUGUUGUCCAUUUGGAAAUUACCCGCAGCUACUCCACUAACGCGAUGAAGGAUGACUAGCAGAAUGCUGUUCAUGCAGGUUUGUCAAGAGGUCUAUUCGAUUCAGCCAAGUUUCUCUGCACCUAUUCACGGUGCACUGCACCUAGACCCUCGAUUCCCCAAGGUGCAGCAGUGCACCCUGCACCCACGUGCUCGAUUGAACGGGGUGCAAUGCAAGGUGCCGCCGCGGUGCACUGCACCCUUGAACCUUGCAGCGGGUGGGUGCAGCCCGGCACCUUUUUCUGAAUCGAACAAACCUAAGGCUGGGAGGAGGGGGGGCGGUACCGCGCUUGCAUCGUUCUACAGGCCAAGAAUAAUGAAGUUUCGCUUUGUGAGAUGAGCGUAUAGAUUGCAAACAGUUGUACACUUCGUCUCGUAGCAGUUUAAUUCGAGCCAAAGAAAAGCUACCACAACAAUAUCUGACAUUUUUUUUUUUUUUUAACGCCCUCUCACUGGAACCCACGGCGUCACCGUUCUCUCUGGGAUCGGAUACUGGUUGCGACAAAUGAUUAAAUAGAAUCGACCAGAAAGAGUCGUUGCAAAAUACGGCCCCUGGCUUUAGGGCAGUAGGACUAGAAAUUCAAAACAACGCCCUGGAGCGAAACAACCCGCGUCAGCCAAUCGGGAACGCGCUCGCGCACGUGUCCCUCCGCGUCGUCUGCUCGGUUACGAGCACCGGAACACGAUUUGUAGCUUUCAUUUACUGCGCUGCAUUACUACUUUGAAACAGCACUCGUAACUUGCAGCUUAUAUGCAAGUAAUGAAUGACAUAUGAAUAGAAUGACAAGCGGAAGUAGGCGUACUGUUCAAAAGCGCAGAGCCAAUGCAACGUACAGCAAACCGCUGCCAUACCAAAAAUGUCUGAUCAAACGCGAAAAUAAUCGCGCGCUAACGCCUCUUUAUUAUAAGGCACACGACCAAUGUGACAAUGAGCACUGCAUUGCUAGGCAACUGGCAACGAAUCACAGUCAUUAGAACCUAUGAAGAAAAACAAAAUCCUCUUGCCCCUGACGUGAGCGAUGCACCUAUAACGCAGACUAAAAGCGAAAUUUCGCAACGCAGGUUUCACUUGCCUGUGACAAAGUUACCUGCAAAGAAAUGCUUCACCAACAGAAUAAUUGUUAACGGAAGUGGACAACGCCACACUCUUCAACCAGUGCACGCCACAGGCCACGAACGAUAUUAGACCUAACAAUUUGGCGGGUCGCACAAAUGCCAUGAAGUACAGCGCGCACGGAACCAUGCGCACACACAUAAACAAAACGUGACGUUCGAAGUGCAACUAGUUCACGCGAAACAAAUAUGGAUCCUGUUUUUUGAGGCUUCACGCAACACAUUCACAGCUGGUCGCGUUUGCGCACGCUGAAAGGUUGUUGCAACACAAGCGAACACUGGAAAGCAGCGCCGGUGGAGAGCGAAGAGUACGUUGUCGACGCCGCAAAAAUAGUUGUACGGAACGUUCUGAAUAAAAAAAUUUUACGUACUAGCGAGUUGACACAGUUCUGCCGCAUUUUGAACGGACAUCGCAAAAACCACGCACGUUUUCAAGAACGACUACGCCCAAAACACGAGUACCCAACACGCGCAGCGGACGCCAAGCGGUGCCUGAAUCGGAACGUUCCCAUGAUUCCCGCUGAUUAAAUAACGCAUGCGCACUGGGGUCAUUGCAAAUGGCGGAUUCUGUUAUUGUUCCAUGGCGCACAUCACGGGGAUAAAAUUAUGCUCGAAAAAAUAUCUCAAGCAGAUAUGGAGGAAGGGGAAGGCCAGGACCUAGCCACCACAGUAUUGACCUGUGAGGGGGACCUGCGCGACCCCGGAUUCCCGGGGCGUCUCCGGAGCCUCGUGCUGCGCCUCAGGGAACUCAUCUCCGAUGAGGAGCAGCCGUUGUGGGUGAAAAAGGUGGAGCCGUGGAACAGCGUGCGGGUGACAUUCACGCUCCCCCGUGAUGCGGCGCUGCGGCUGCGGCAGCUGGCCCAGCGUGGUGACCGGGCACUCCGCGAGCUGGGCAUCCUCUCGGUGCAGGUCGAGGGAGACCAGAUCAUCAGUCUUACGCUUGCCGGCCGUUAUGGGGAGCCGCCGAAGGAAAUCAUCAUCCAGAAAGCGGCGGAAGAGGGUGAGCAGGGUUCACCGACGUCCCCGCACAUGUCUGGAGUGCCAUCAUCCCCCGCUCUCGCUGCAGCAGCAUCCAGUCGUGCAGGCUCCUCCACCGCCCUGCCUGCAGAGCCUCCCUCCAUCCAGGCUAGGAGUCCCGCCUUUGCAGCGGCAGCAGCUGCUUCGACCAGUGGCAGCGGCAGUGCCUUUCGCUCUCCCAACGUAGUCGCCCCACCUCCGCGGGAACCACUGCCGUUUCUCUCAAGUGGCUCAUCGCGACUCGUGCGCCCCAGCACCAAGACACGCCCGCCUUUCCCUUUUGCAAGCAUGACUCACUCAAUGAAGCAGAACAGCGCAGCGGCAGCAGCCGCCACGACGACGAGUGGGAGCAGGUUUCCGUUUUCACCUUCGCCUCCCUUGGCCGCAGCGCUCGGAGCGGCACAGCGGCUCGGCAGUGCGACGCGCGGCAAUGUGGCACUGUCUAGUCCGCUGCUGGUGAACCUGCUCCAGAGCGAGACAGGGUCUGGUGGUCCACAGAAGACGAUGAUGCCUCCGCCUUUAGACACAGGCCAACCUACGAAACGGAAACGCAGGCCCCCCAAAGGGAGUCGGGGCAAAGAAGGCUGUUCCCCACCCGGUUCGCCAUCAUCACCGCCCCCCACAAGCCCGAGUUGCGAUGCCAUCAACAUUCUCAGCGGCCGUGGCUUCCCCCUGUCCUCCCACAUUCCUGCGUCACCACCCCGCAUGGCCCCGCCAACGGCAACGGUCUCUGUGGCCCCUCCUUCACCCCCUGCUGCGGCUGAGAGCCGCACAACCACUCACCUUAUCAACCCUUUCACUGGCCACCUAGAGCCCAUGCCUUCCGACGAAGAGGAUGACGAACCGGUUGUUCGGGAUCUUGAGACCUCGGAGUCCUCUGAAAACGGAGGCCACUCGGAGCGCAGCCUCUCUGAUGGGAGCAGUGGUGGCAAGGAUCCAGGCAACCCUUCUUCGGACACGGACUCCGGCAUUGGGAAGUCGUCGUCAUCGCAGUCCUCCAACGAUCCUGAACCGCCACCGCGUGAAGAGAUGUCUCGCGUGUCUCUGCCGCCCACCGAAGGCGAGAAGCUCAAGCUACGGCUAAAACUCGACUCGAAGAGGAGCUGCCCUGUGAAGCCGGAAGUUGAAGCAUCGCCGCCGCCUUCGCCACAGGGCGAACCCCCUCGGGUUCCACCGCUGCACAUAUCUUUGCGGGGGCCGAACGUGGCGGUGGUGGUGAGCCCAAGGAAACCAGAAGCAGCCCCCAAGAAGCGCUCGCCACGGUCCCCUCGGUCAAGCAACAGCGCGGAAAGCAGCGGGGGUGGUGAUGCUCGGCGGGCCUGCCGUGGCGCCAGGGCUCGGGGAGACAAGGCAGCCGAGCGGAUGCGGGAGCUUAGCUUGCUGUCGGGUGGCGGCAUUGUGCGAGUGCCUGUGUCCAUGUCGCCAACGGUGGUGUUGACACCACUGCAACUGCAACACCCGCUGGGCGCUGGUGGCACCCGAAGGACUCUACCAUCACCUUCUUCUUCUUCCUCUUCGCCCUCUUCCUCAUCGCCUUCAUCCGCCUCUUCUUCCUCCUGCGCACAGAGUACAAAACCCCACUGGUCUGCCACCUCACUGGGGCCAGAGGCAGACUCUUCCGUUAGCGAUGGUUCCAGCCCGCUGCGAGACCGUCCCGAUCUACCUCACGCCCUGCGGUCUGCAGACCAUGACACCGGCGCUGUCACACCUGCAACGACGAUGACAACAACUACCGUGGCAGCGCCGCCACGUCAGGCCGGCAACGGCGAGCCUGCUGCAAACAGUGCCUUGGGAGCCCUCGAGUGCCACACAACGCCGCACCGGACAGCUUUGAGGCCCAGAAGUGUGCCAACGCCUGAGACCAACGGUGUGCUGCAUACUGACGAGGAAGAGCAGCGGUCGCCCAGCCCGUGUCGCGCUUCCCCUUCUUCCCUGGCCAAGAUGACAAUGGCGACGACGACAAGUGCAAUAGAGAAGAAGCCCCUCGCCAACUGCCUCGAGGGGCCCAUCACCAACCACGUAGGCUCAACGAAGGGCGACGGGGUCGACGAGCUCCGUGAGAUGGCCGAACGGAGGCUGUCUCCAACGCCCAUGGCCCGGAUCAUCUCAUUGGAUGCCGUCGCAGCCAAGAAGACCGCGUUUGGGGGCCCCGUCUUUGAGGUGUCAGACGUGGAUGUGCCUGCGGCACUCAAGCUUGGCGGUCUGGUAGGCGGGAACCACCGGAUGCCCCUGCUGAUACCAACAGGUGGCGGUGGCGGCGGAGCGACAUUUCGUGGUGAUGUGGUGCUUCGCCAAGAGUACGCCACCGCUCACCACCCGCACCACCACCAUUUUCACUGCACCACGGCCAAUUCCGUCCUCAAGCCAGGCAUUGUGCGCAUGAACCGGCUCAGGUUUGGAGCGGGCUUUGCUGCUGCCACUGCCGCUGUUGCUGCCGCGGCUGCAGGAACAACGCAGGCGAGGGUAGAGACAACGGCGAGUGUGGCCGUGAAGUCUAACGGCAUCGCAUCGUCGCCACUGCAGAAUGAGUGUGACUCAACAAUAGACGCGGAGUCGAGCUUAGACUCGGACGACCUCAUCUCUAAUGGGCCAUCGUCAACAACUUCGGUGUCCCUAGUGGCAGCGUCAUCGCUGUCGGCAAGUGCAACACCACAGACGCUAUCAGCGGCAAGUGCAAUUGUGUCCAGGUCGGACGGGUUUUCGGAACUGCCAAUGUCUCGUGGCAGGUGCGACUCGGCGACCAAUGGCAGUGCGGAUUUUGUUGCAGCAGUCAGCAGUGACAACGGUGUGACAACGACAGGGAGGGCAGAGGAGAAUGGUGUAUCGCCGGACUCGAACCACGAGCUGCUACCACGUGACCCUUUAGGCCCCAGCGACACAGAUGGUGACAAGAGUGGCGAUGACGAGGAGGCGAGCUCAGCCCUUUCAGAGGAGAGAGGGAGCUCCAUCUCGCCACCGAGCGAAGACCCUUGCAGCAACAUUCCGCCAGACCGGCCGUCGUCGGCACCGUUGCCACCCGCCGCGCCCUCACCCCUUCCUCCCCCACCGUCGUCCUCCCCAGAAACCACCGCGGUGGUGGUGGCCUCUAGUCAGUCGAUGGCCACCCCGUCCGAGGCAGCAGCGCCCUCCUCGCUCUCGGCGGGGGCUCUGGUGGCGAGCUCCAUUUCCUCCUCCUCCUCCAUGCCUUCCUCCUCUUGCUCCUCCCCCACGACAUGGGGCUCCACGCGACCAACGUCGGCCAACGCGGCAGAGGCGAUGCCAAGGAUGCAGCCCUCGCCCUCCCAGCCUGCCGGCGGUGUGGCAGAGGUGCCUUCAAGCACGUUGCAGGUUCCUGGGGGCCAAAUGAUCUCGCCUUCCAUGUGGAGCACAGCGGGCAGCAGUGGCACCAGCAGUGAUCCACAGCAGCGGCUCACGUUCAUCUUCAAGGGCAACUUGACAGCAGCAACAACGGCCUCCUCGUCAUCCCCAACCAGCUGCCAUCCUGUGCUGGCCCUUCCAUCCGGGCCCGGCAGCAUACCUAAGACUGUUCCCAUCAAGCUUCUGGCACUUCCGUCAGGCGCCUCUGGGCUUGCCCUCAAGUCGUCCCUGGCCGAGCUGAUCUCUUCUCCGGCCAGCCAGAAUGGCUCGCGAUCAUCUGUAGCCAGCGGAUCUGUGUCACCGCCGAUUCGACUGGUCGUCUCCAAGAUACCACCGACGACCAAGGGUGCCAGCCUCAGCAGCCCAGCUGCCACAGGUGGCACUGCAAGAGCAGCGCCACCACCUGCUGCGCCACCGUCAUCAACUUCAUCGCCAUCUCUGGUGAACAUGGUCAUGAAGUCGGUGAUGGCCACAGCAAGUGCAACGACGGUGGUGGCACGGUCACCCCUGGAGACCAGCGCCGAGGCAUCCCCUAGUUCGGUGCUGUCUAGUACAGCGUCGUUCGAGCCAUCAGUGAAUGUGCCUGCACUGAUGCUGCCAGAGGAGCGGCAACCAGUUGUGAGUGGUGUCAGUGAAGUGCGAGGGGAAGCGGCCGUCGAACCAGACUCUCGGGAGGCAGCAGCGUGUGCAAUGGCGACAACGCCUUCUGUGGUUGUGACUGAAGCAGACACGCGCGAAGCCGACGCGUCCACCGAGGUGAUGGUGGUUUCCGAGGCAGUUGGCAAAGGGGAGUGUGGUGGUACGGAGAAGAGCCAGUUGUCUGCGGGCACGGAGCGACUCUCGUCACCAACGUUGUUGCCGGAGGAUUGUACAGACAUGGCAGAGGACAGCGGCAGCGAGCUGGCGGUGCUGAGCCCCACGGUGAUUGCCAACCACAUUGGGUCGCCCCAGCUCCCCGAUUCCCUGUCGACCCUUUUAGACAUGGCGAUAGACCCUCCAGACGACGAUGACGAGAGUGAGCCGGCAAGCAACCGGGCUUCGCCGGUGCCCGUGUCACUUCUGCUCACGAACCACAAGGACUCCGAAGAGGAGCCAGUGCCGGAACACGAAGCCGACCUAGAAUUGCUCCGGACAUGUCCCGAGGCUUCUGUUUGUGCUCCCGGUGAUGAACUGGGUGAUGACGGCCGUCUUCGGAAUCAGAGGCGACGGGCAGCACAAGUGCCAUCUCCGGCCACGGUCGAGGAAGGCGAGUCUGAUCACUCAAGCGAGGAGGAGAUGUCGCUGAGCGAGCUCGCGCACAAGUCUCGGGUGCGGCCGCCUCGGCCGCAGCGGCAGGGAAAGGAGAACGAGGCGCUCGCGACGGCGGCAGCUGCAGCAGCGGACUCCCCGGCACCGACGACGCGGCGGGAAGACGGUGGUCCCGGUCGGCCGCGACGGUUGACGGCAGCGGGGAGCGGCGAGGCCAAGGCUGCUCGGUCCAGGCUGGGACAGCAGCAGGCAAUGGCGAGCCAGCAGUCGCAGGCAUUGUCGAGCCCGUCGCCAAUGGCUGCAGUGGCUUCUCUUCCUGCCGAGGAAGCAUUAAGGAGAAAUGCAGACCGGUCAAGGAGGUCUCCAGCCACAAUGCCAGCGGGCCGAGACCACCGGUCUCCUCCCCGACUGCCAAACCAGCGCAACUUCCGACGGGACUCUGAGGUCAGGGACGAUGAUGCUGUGGUUGUCAUGAAGAGAAAAACCAGGGCGUCGGGACCUUCCACAGACCCCCAGCAGGAGGCGGCAGCCCCAAACAAGCGGCGGCGCUACUCCAAAGACAGCCAUAGGUAGCAACCACCCACGGGGCCUUAGGAAUGCAAAAGAACACACCACCAUGUACACACGUGAUCGCGCGUUACACACACACACACACCGAACCCAAAAGAGGACACUGCUGUUGCUGUGUGCUACUACUGCUACUAUUGUGCUACCUGCUCUGUACCACUACUACUACUACUACUACUACUACUACCGCUGCUGCCGCUUCUCUGCGUCCGUGGCGGCGUCCUCGCAUAUUUUCCACCGGGGAGCCGUGCAAAAGAGGUUGCGCCUCACUCGUUAUAUUCACUCUUAGUCCUUCCGUUUUCUUUUUUUUUCUUUGUCCCCCCUUCCUCCCAGUUUCUCUGCUCCUUGCUGUCAACGGUCUCCUGCUUUUAAGCGACUGUUCAGCAGGCACGUCCAGUCCAGGAAGGUUGUUCUCUCGUAGAAUGUUUAGGUCAAGCAUGCAACUUUCGCUGUCAAGAAGCUGUUGUCGGGCAGUGCUAGCGGUAAUGGAUGGCCGCCGUUUUCUUGCCCAAGCCAAGAGGAAGCAAAUAGCAUAGAGGCAGCGCCAGAUCCUCCUUUCAUGUCACCUAGCUUGCCAUAUUUUUGUAGCAACACAACACAUUCCUGCUGUGGCAACGAGGAAAGUGGGCAGGGCUCUCUCUCUCUCUCUCUCUCUGCACAACCAGAGCUAUGCCGCAGGCCCACAUGCAUAAGAAAGAAUGUGUGGUUUGUGAUUUCAUGGCCCAGCUCAUCUGAACUGCAGAGCUCGGAAAAUUGGUAAAUUUUGUAUGUCCACAGCUGAAUCUGUCUGCCCCUUGUGUUCAUGUUGUUGUUGCACUGAACUACUCGCGGUUGUUGACUUAGCCUCGGGAAUGGCCGUUGUGCUGCCUGUGUGGAACGGAAAGCGUUCUUGAGGAAUGGAAGAACCAGCCAGAUAGUGCAUCGCGACGCUGACAUUUGUUGUGACGUGCAAGUUGCCGAUAGGCGGACAAGACAUUUUGAGAAACCUUUCUCUUUAAAUUUGUUCUAACACGGCACAUUCGGAGAUGAUAUGCAUCUUUAUAAUUUUAGGCUAGUUCCAUUUCUUUUUCUCUUCAUUGUCUUGCUCAGUCAUUGCUGUGACUCUGGGCUGCGUUGUUCUUUUUAUAUAUGCAUGUGUGUAUAAACACAGGCAUUACCUAGAAGAUGAAUGGCUUACAGUUGUGCAUAUGACCAUAUUAACUUUGUUGACAGGUGCUGCCUUCUAUAAUAUGAACUCCCAUGCCUUUAUAUAGAUAGGUGCUAGCUUUUGUGCACAGCAAUGCUGCAUUUUCUUGCACUCUAUGCCUAAUUUAGAGAAAUUGGCUUCUAAAACCUUAUUCACGAAAAAGAAGUUUUUAUCUUAAAUUUGUUCACAACAGCAGGUACCAGCCACUCGUGGCGUUUGACAUUUUCUUAGCAGAGGUGGCUUGCCGAUGGCCAAACAGCUUUUACGAAUGAUAAGCUCUGAAUUUUGACCUCGCUUUUUUAAAACAUAAACUUAUUAAAGGCUCCCUGCACCCAGCCGCUCUGCUCUGAUUUCUCUUGGCUUUGCGGCAAGAAAGGGGCGAGCUUCCGUAUUUGGGGAGAGGAAGUCUGACAUCGUCACAGUCACAAGCAUGUGACCAGUUAGCGUAGCACAAGAAAGCAUGCACCAGGUGAGAGCCAAUGUGUAACAGAGCCACAUUGGCAGUUUGUGAUAUGUUACAUAGCUAUACAUGUGAUGGGCAUCAGUCAACUUGCAAACUUGUGACACUAUGUGGCCUUGCACGUGACAGCCACAGAGUAACCAUAUCUUGUGACAUUAUUUGGUCAUGCUGGGAGAACAGCUCUUUCUUUUAACGUGACACUAUUUAGCCAUGCCAGAUGACAGCCAACAUGCGACCACCAUUGAGCUACCCUGGCAGUUUGUGACAUUACAUGGCCAUGCAUGUGACGCUAUCUGAACGUGCAUGUGACGGCCAUGGUAGUCACUUUUUAAUCUUUUACGUUAUGUGGCUGCACACUUGAUGGCCACCAAGUAAACAUCAGUACCUUGCGACGUUAUUUGACCUUACCGGAGAACAAUUUCUCCUAACGUUACAUCAUCUGGCUGUGCACGUGACUGCUACAGAGUCACCUUCUGGAGUUCGUGACGCUAGUUGGGCCCGUAUGUGACGGUCACCAAGUCGCAUUUGAAUCAUGUGCCUGUGCCUGGCCAUGCUGGAGAACAGCUUCUGCUCUUGAAUGAGACAUCUGGCUGUGCCAGUGACCGGCAUUGAGUUGCCUUGAAAAAGUUUGCGACGCUCUCUGGGCCCGUGCGUGAUGGACGCCUGGCUGUGCUAGGGAGCAGAGUUUCUCAGUGUACUUUGCUUAGCGUGCGGAGGAUGAAAGCCGACGGACGUCCCUUACUGAUAGGUAGUGAAGUAAUUUGGGCUUUCUUGAACUCUGUCCUGGGCAAAUGACAGUUGUUGAGACAUUAGUGACCAAGGGGUGGAUCCUCUAAUGACUGUGACAGUGCUUAGGCCGGUCGCGAUGCAAUGCUUCAUUUUAUUCUCUGUGACCUUUUCCUACCCCCCCCUUCGAUUCCUUUCUCCCAUCCUAGUGAGAUAUCUGUGAAACAUACACAUACACACACAAAAAAAGAGAGAGCUAGUGAAAAAAAGUUAUACAUAGACGAAACUGGAUGAUGUACUAUAUCUGUGUACAGAAAUGUGAAUGACACUAAAGAAAGGUAGGCAAGUGUUAUCUCUCUGCAUAUAAUAGUUUUUUUGUCUACCUUUUACCUUUUUUUUCCUCUCUUGUCAUUCGCAUUUAUUGUCUUCUUGUUUUUUCACCAUUGUGUUUGUUUGCAUAGGUGCGUGUGUGGAUAAAAAAGGAAGGGCGUAGAGGGUUUUUCUCUUAUCUUUUUUUUUUUUAAUCUCUACACGCUUUUUGCUGCCAUUGCAUUGUAAAUAUGUCAUGCCAUAUAAACACAUGUGGCGCAUUGUACAGAGAGUGCAGAAACCUGUGUUGUUGUUGUGUGUGUGUGUUUUUUUUUUUUCUUUCUUUUUUGCCAUCUUCGCGGAGGCAACGGAACCACAGAUGAAAGCAGCGAAUGUGACAUGGUUCCCACAUGCCGACAACUGGACCAUUUUUGGGUUCAGUUCAUUGCACACGCCUGUCGCAGUGGAAGUUUUCUUUAUUUUUUUUUUUUAACUUUGCAAACCUGCUUACAUUGUAUUUCUCCUGCCCCCUUGUACAUCAUUGUUAAGUCAUACAUCCAAUUUGUGCCCUCUUGUGCGCCCCCAAGAGAGACGAGAGCUUUGACACAGAUUUUCAUCAAACAACCAUGCACGCACGCGCCUAGCAUGAGUUUGUGUUACUGUAUAUAUAGAGAGAAAGAUCCAGUGCUUAUGUUAUUAGUUUCUGUGUAUUUCUGACUCUCCCCCUCCCCUCAUUUUUUUUUUCCUUGCUGUUGCCGAGUCAAAGAUUUGCUACUACUUUAUAUAUAUUUUUCCCUCCCUUUUUUUCUUGACAGGUUUUGUGGGAAUCUGUAUGUUCUACAUUUCUUCAUACCUGUCCCCCUUUCUCUCCGACUUUCUUUUCCUGUUUGUCUACUCUUGUCAUAGUCCUCACGUCCCGCCACCUCCAUCAACGUUCACACUUGCUCUCGUUUUUACAAGAAAAGUCAUAUUUCACUCUCCCAUCAAAUUCGUGUGCUAUGUGCUUUUCUUUUUUUUAAUUGUACACGCAGAAAGAGUCCAGUCAGGGCGUCGACACAACGGUUUUCGUGCCAAGGGAAAAAGAAAAGGGGAAAAAAAAGGACAAGGCAUUUCGAUUGAGGUUGGAUGGCAGGCAAACUCUGGGUUUCGUGACUUAUCUGUCACGGGUAUUUGUUGGGAGAAAUAGCCAGCAGUAUGUGUGUGCUUCCUGAAGCUGUUUGGAACUUGCAAAUUCACUCUGCAUCUCAACUUCCUCACGUCGAUUUCAAAUCACUCAUUUGUCGCCCUUUUUUUUUUUUUUUUUUUUUUUUUGUGGACGGUUGACCCUAUUUAACUGUGUUGUGUUGCACAAAGAACAAAUUCACGAACGCUUGUGGGACCUAGCUAUAGUUACCUUUCUCCCCUCUCGACACCAAGUGCAGGCUUUGAUGUUCUGCACUUGAAAGCAUGGCGCUUGAAUGGCAGUGAUAUAGCCGGUGACAGCCUAGGAAAGCACCACCGUCCAACUCAAAAAGACAACUUGCGUAGAUGGGCCAGCCAAUGGACAAUAUGCAGAAUUCCUUAAGCAGCCUUUCUCGAACAUCUGACGGCCCGAACCAAUAUGCUCACCUUGAUGUCGUAGGAUGCUUAAGGCUUUUGUUUGGGCCUGGAUAAGUUUUUAGCGGUAAAGGUGAACUACGUAGUAGUCUAAAAGAGCAAGAGACUGAAUAUGGUAAGCUUGAGCAAGUUUGACUGGCCCACAACGGCACAAAUUCAAAAAAGCAUUGAGGUCCGGGACAUCAUCUUUGCUUACCAGAGCUCAGGCUCCUGCAUGAAAUUAAAAAGAAACUGCACCUUUGCUCUUCAUUUUCCCUGCUGAUAAUAAAUUUCUUGCUGCAAGGUUAAUGAAAAUAGCUUUUCAACAAUGCUUUAUUAGCUUAAACUGAUUUAGUGUAAGUGUCCUUUUAAAGCCAAGACAUUCUUUGAAAGCUUGGGAUAGUGUGGGGACUGGAGGGCGCAAAGAAUGGUGUCACUAGUUUUGCGUGUUGACACCUUAAUUACGAUUCUAGCCCACGGUUCACUAUGCUGGUUAGGUCGGACUAGGUUUGUGGAAAGAGCGUGCUUGCUGUUUUUUUUGCAUAUUGUCCUAUUACAUUCACUCAUUCCCUCGACGUCAUGGUGAAGGCAAACUUUUAUCACUGUCAGAGUCUCUUGGCAACUGUGUUUUGGGUGCGCGGAGUGAUGAUGCAACAUGGGUACCGAAUCGAAUUGAAGCUUGUACUGAAUUUUUAGGUUAUUGCCGACUGUAGUCUGCUUUCAAGUUAUGUUAUUUUCAAAGUAAGCAAUACUUCUCAAGUCGCCCACCAGCAAGAAAAGCCAUCGUUGAGGCAAGCCUCCAGUGAUAAACUCAAGAGAGGUACAAAGACUUUGAAUGAAGCUGCAAACAGAGCGUUUUCCAAUUCGAACUUUGUUUUUUGGCAGUAAGGGGGUUGCUUCCUGUUUAGUUUCAGCGAGUCUUCAGUAGAAACUUCAAUUUGUUCUUUCCUUGCUACUAAAUAUAUAAAUAAUUUCUGACGCACGCGUCGAAGCCCUUGGAACUCCAGUUUCGGUCAUUCACAUGAAAAAAUAUAUAUAUAUAUUAAUAGUUUUUAUUUGAAGUACUGAAGCGUUUGAUUUGCUGCACCAAAGCACCUAUUACGUUUCUCAGCAUCAAAAACAAGGAGGUAGUCAAGUGGGCGAAACGAUUGCAGCAUGCAAUGGGGAGUACUGAGGGCCUAGGCGCAUAUAGGCGAAACGUUAAAACAUGUAGUUGCGAGACUCGCAGUGGUCGUAAGCUAGUUGCAUCGCGUCAAAGAGAAAAAUGCCCCGAGAUUGUGCUCACAGAAAAAUAUCCCCUUUCCGCCCUGCUGGAGCGGGCCGAAAGUGUGCGCUCUAUGUGAACGCGCAGCUCUUGAGAACAAAAAUGAAAACUACACCAAGUGAAACUACUCAGUGUAGUUGUUAGCCAAAGCCUUGGUGGUAGUGAGGGGGGGGGGGGGGGGGGGGUUGAAGCACGAGGCACAAAGUGAAAAGGGUACAGAGUGAGACAAGUAGAACCGUUGGCGCCUUUUGCUGUUGAUGCAUUUUUCCCGCUUUACCCGCUCACAUGGUCCCGCCUCGUCGUCUCUCUCGUAAAAUCUCUUCCCCCUCUACCUAUUUCUUCUUUUUUUAUUAUUCUUUAGCUUCACGUUAGGUUUCCUCGAAGGCUGCAUGCCAUGUACAUAGACACAAUUUCUUUUUUCUCUUUCCAUCACACCACUCUCUCUUUCUCACUUUCUGGCUGCCCACUGUACAAAACCAUUUCCGGGCAAGAUUUUGUUUCUAUAGUUGCGAGAGCGGGUACCUCUGAGCAAGAUGAAAAGGCCUUAUGAUGAUGCAAAAGAGAGAAAGAAGGUAAUAAAGCAGCACCUCCCGUUAGCAGUAGCAGGGCGAUGCUGCCUUGGUUUUCAGCACUGACCAUUUUAUAUUGCUUCCCCCCCCCCUUUCUCGAAAAAAAGUGGUGGUCUUGAGGAAGUGUCCCUGUAGACUUAUUUCACAGGUUUGUUAUGUUGGGCUGCCCGUUUCCUGAAGAAAUUUCCAUGUAUUUGUUCCCGGCAGUCGACUUGUGUCGACUGUUCAGCAGUUUGCCGUCUCCCUUGUCAGCGGGCCUGCCGGUUAGUUUGCUUUAGACAGGUGGAGCAGCUCGCAUUUGCCAACAGAGGUAGAAAUGCAUGGUUAGUGCACGGCCCAUUUCGUUUCCGGUGACAGUACUAGUAGGUUGAGAGCAUGCUCAAUUGGCCCACAAGAGCAUGUACUGCCAACUACAGCAGGAUCUCCAUGAUAUGAAAUGUAAGAUUAUCCAGAACAGCAACAUCAGAAUGUUGUUACUGGGGCAUGUUCCCUGUUCUCUUCCGUGAUGUAUAACAUCUGGAAACUGAGGUGACCAUGGUUGUAUUAUAAUAGCAAGGUUCUGCUGUAGUUUCAUUCAGUCAGUUGCUCAAGCUGAUUGAUUGGUUACUUAUAUGUAACCACUUCUGAUUGGAAGGCCGAUCAAACAUACUUUUGCGAAAGCUUCAAAGUUGAAAACUGUAUUCUACGCUUCUGCUUUUUUUUUUUUUUUUUUUUUUUUUUUUUUUUUUUUUUUUUUUUUUUAUCUCCACGGUCAAGCGAGUGCAAGUUGCUCCGGUUCACAAGCGGGCCUAAGGCAUCUCAAGUGCAACCCAUCACAGGGCAGUGUAACACUGGGGUAUCACUGGUGUAAAACAGGUUCAUCAAGCAGGGCUCAAGCGUGAACGGCUUUUCUUCCUUGGCUCCCUUUUGCUGCCUCCCCAUUCCUUCCCUUAUAUUUUUAUGGAACUCCUGUUUGUUCUUACCUUCAACUCGGCUAUAUAUUUGUUGUUGUUGCAUCAUGCUUUCCACUUUUUUUUUUGUCAGAAUCUUGUAACUGCCUUGUGAAUAUAUUUGUACAUUUGCUGCAACAUCUCUGUAUAGAAGAAAAAAAAAAGAACCACAGACACUAUGCCUGCAGAUUGUAAUGAAGAAAAAAACUUUUUAUGGUUUGUUGUGAGUUUUCAUACCGGUAUUAAAAACUGUCACUUGAA